CAAAUAUAUCUCUAUAAAUAAGUUCGUCCCUUGUAAUCCUAUGAUAUCAAUCUCGUUAAUAUUACCAUGGCCUGCAAAAGCAAAUUACUUUCUCAAACCCUUGUUUCCCUACUGGCUUUACUUGCCUUGUUUUGCAAGUCAGAUGCUGGAAGCCUUGUGAUCUACUGGGGCCAAAAUGGAAAGGAAGGAACGCUUACAGAUCUCUGUGCCACUGGAAGAUACAACAUUGUCAACAUAGCAUUCCUCUCAACAUUUGGCAAUGGCAAAAAACCACAAAUCAACUUAGCCGGCCAUUGCGAUCCCACCAUAAAAGGCUGCCAAAGAGUGAGCACUGACAUCCGAUACUGCCAAAGAAGAGAAAUCAAAGUCCUGCUCUCCAUCGGAGGAGGUGACGGUGCCUACACUCUCUCUUCUGCAGCUGAUGCUAGAACCGUGGCAGACUAUAUAUGGAAUAACUUCUUAGGGGGUCAAUCGAAUUCCAGACCACUCGGCGAUGCAAUACUGGACGGCGUAGAUUUCGACAUCGAGAGAGGUAACACUUACUAUGCUGCACUUGCUAAGAGGCUAUCGGAGCUUAGUAAAAAUUCAGGGAGGAAAUACUACUUGAGUGCAGCACCACAGUGUCCAUUUCCUGACAAAUACCUGAAUGAUGCACUUUCCACUGGCCUAUUUGACUAUGUUUGGGUUCAAUUCUAUAACAACCCUCCUUGCCAGUAUAGCUCUAGCAAUCCAAAUGCUUUCAAGAAUGCUUGGGGACAGUGGAACUCAAUUCCCGUUGGCAAGGUCUUUGUUGGACUUCCUGCUUCGCGUGCUGCAGCUAACAGUGGUUUUGUGACGCCGCAGGUGCUUAUAUCACAAGUACUGCCUCUUGUUAAGAGUUCUGCUAAGUAUGGAGGAGUUAUGCUUUGGGACAAGUAUAAUGACGAUCAGAGUGGAUAUAGUUCCCAAAUCAAGAGUAGUGUCUAAAAGUUCAAAACCCACCCCUUAUAUGUAUAUAUGUUAUGUUUAAUAUUCUAAACUAUAUAUAUAUGUACAUAUAUUUUGUUUACCAUUCUAAACUAUGUUCGGUUUUGUAGUGGAUGUGUGUAUGUAUUAUAUAUAACUACUGCUAAUAAAUCUGACCUUCAGUAAUAUUGGGAAGGUCCUUCAGGUUGAUAGUGGUGUGAGAAGGUAACCUUGUACUACUUGUACCUUUUUAUUUGCAUCGCUCAGUAAUAUA